AUGGCCGCGAAUGGGGCGCGAAAGGAAACUCCUACAAAUUCGGAGGGAGCCACAGGCCUGCUAGACAAGAGUCUGGUCAAAGGCGUCGUAAAGUCGGAAAAGUCGAAAAUCAAGUUGAGGAUCAAGAAGCCGGUGCCUAAACCAUCGCUACCGGGCAACUGGAAAGAAAGCGAUGCGACAAAUAUUGAGAACAAAGCCCCCGCAUCGUCGACGACUUCGCCUGUGAUCAACCCUCUCGACGAGAAGACAAUCGCUGGCUUUCCUAGCGGCCGCCCGUUAGAUGACAAGGUAGAUACGGUACAAUGCAAGCACUGUCGUCGGCCAGUGCUUCGCGCAUCGUCAGCAACACAUAUCCGCGAAUGUCUCCACAAGAAGCAAGAGAAGCUCAAGAAGAAGAAAGAAGCCAAGGAGGCCAAAGAUGCUGCGCUCAGAAAGGAGAAAGGCGAAGAUGACGAAGGUGGUAAGUCACGAAAGUCGGCCAUCAAAGGCGCUUCUAUGGAUGGGGACGGCGCAAAGAAGGGCAAGAAGCGGAAGCUUGAUGGGGAUGCAGAGAAGGCACCCAAUGCAAAGAAGAAGAAGAAGGACGAACCCAAGCAAAAGGGCGCGAAACCCAAAGGGCCAGUCGAUGUCGAGAGGCAAUGUGGUGUGUCUCUACCAAACGGUGGAUACUGCGCCAGGAGUUUGACUUGCAAGAGCCAUUCCAUGGGUCUCAAAAGGGCUGUCCCGGGACGUAGUCUGCCGUACGAUAUGUUGUUGGCGCAGUACCAAAAGAAGAACCAGGCCAAGAUACAAAGAUCACUCAUUGACGCAAAUGCUCCUCUUCCCGAAGAUCUCGAGCCCUCGGGUGCUGUUGACUCCGACGAAGAGAAAGAUUCGAUCAUGGCCGCCCUGGGUCGACACCGACCGCGUCCCAUGGCAACGUAUACUCACACGUCUCAACGAUCGAAAUACCAAUAUAUACGGAUGAAGGGCAUGAUUCGUUCAGCACUUGGAGCACCGCCUGGUGGAGGAGGUUCCAUGUUCUCAGGAGGAGACAACGCGAGUACCGGACGAGGAAUGGGACUGGGUAUGAUGGGCGCACCUCUGAGCGCAACCAACGAACAUUUUCCACAGAGCGCGGGCUUUGGGGCGCCGCUGAGUGCUGGACUUGAUAGUGGAGCGGGAAGCAGAAGGCAGAGUACUAUUAGUUCAGGUGGCCCUCGACAGUUGUUGCCCGGACACUUGCAGAAAGUGUCAUGA